AACUGAUUUUUCGCUGCAAGUAUUUUGUAUUUCGUGCUGUUAGUGAUUUUAGUGAAUAGUAUUCGAGUGUUGCAAUGGCAGAAGAAACAUUUGCAGCUCUAAAUUUGGACAUUGUCCAACAACAGAGUUUUGUGCGGUUCUUCAGAGGAUUACCCGAAAAGGGGCCAUCGACAGUUCGUUUCUUCAAUCGCACAGAUUAUUACACUCUUCACGAUGACGAUGCCAAACUGGCUGCAGAUUUUACUUCAAAAAUCAUCAAGUAUAUGGGCGAAGCACCGAAGCUCCGUUAUGUGUGCAUUAACAAGCAUCAAAUGGAGACUUUCAUCAGAGAGCUGCUUUUGGUGAGACAAUAUCGAGUGGAAGUCUAUAUGAAAGUGCCAGGCAAGAGCAAUGACUGGCAAUUGGAGUAUAAAGGUUCCCCAGGGAACCUCACGCAGUUUGAGCAGAUUCUGUUUGAAAAUGCCAGUAUUGAAACCUGCAAUUCAGUAAUGGGAAUUAAAUUUGGCCAAAACAAAGUGGUAGCAAUGAGCAAUAUAAAUACCACAGAUCUCGUUUUAUUUUUUGAAUCUCACAGGCAAGAAUUCCAACUUUAACCAGUACAGGCUCAAAAAGGUCGAUGCACAACGUUAUGUGAGAAUAGAUAAUGCGGCUUUAUAUGCGCUUAAUAUACUACCAAAACCUACCUUUAAUAGUGAAGGCGCCCCAGUAUUCACACAAACCGCCAAAUCAUACAGCCUGUCUGGAAUUUUAAAUCGUUGUGUCACUUCGCAAGGCAAAAGACUUUUGGAACAGUGGAUUAAGCAGCCUCAAAAGGACUUCAAUUUAAUCAAUGAAAGACUAGAUGUCGUCGGUUGUUUUGUACGUAACUCAGAGGUCAGAACGCUAAUCACCAAAGAUGCUUUAACAAAGAUUCCCGAUCUAAUGUUGAUCUCGAAAAAACUGUCUGGAAAAAAGGCCAAACUACAAGAUUGCUACAGGCUGUAUCAAGCGGUGAACUGUUUGCCGUCAUUGAUAAAUAUUUUACGGAAACUGAGCAACAACUCAGUCAAAGACAUGUUCAUUAGUCCACUAAGUGAAUUUGCCACCGACAUGGAUAAGUAUCAGACAAUGAUUGAGACACUGCUUGAUCUCGACUUGGUUGAUAGAUGUGAGUUUCUGCUAAAAAGUAAUGUCAAUCCGGAAAUGAGCGAGCUUCACAAAUUAAAACUAAACAUAGAAGAAAAAAUGCAAAAACUACUAAAAAAGGCCGCUGCUGACUUGAAUUUGGAGGAAGGAAAAUCGGUUAAGCUAGAAUGCAAUCCGCAACAUGGGUUCUUUUUUAGAAUUACCAAAAAGGAAGAACAGGUGUUGCGACAGGCAAAACAAUAUAAAAUUAUUGACGCUGUGGCCGGUGGCGUUCGUUUCAACAACGACAAGCUCACAACGCUCAACGAAGAUUAUCGCGAAAUCAACGAGAAAUAUGAGGAACUACAGAAAGAAACUCUAGAUGAAAUGCUGAAAGUGGCUGCUGGCUAUGCGGACACAGUUCGCAACAUAAAUAUGAUUUUAGCUGCUUUGGAUGUACUCGCCUCUUUUGCCACUGCGGCUGUAUCUGCCAAGAUACCCUAUGUCCGCCCUGUGUUAAAGCCGAUGAGCGAAAGAGUUCUAAACUUGAAAAAGCCGGAGUCGCCGUGUUAAUGGCUCAUAUAGGUUGUUGGGUGCCCUGUGAAUAUGCGGAAUUGUCUGUAGUUGAUGGUAUAUUAGCAAGAGUGGGUGCAGACGACUGUCAGUUGAAAGGCUUAUCCACGUUUAUGUUGGAAAUGAUAGAAACGUCCACAAUAAUAAAAACGGCCACGAAAAACUCGCUAGUAAUCAUCGAUGAAUUAGGACGAGGCACUUCAACCUAUGAUGGUUGCGGAAUUGCCUGGGCCAUAGCAGAGCACUUGGCCAUGGAAGUAAAAUGCUUCUCUCUAUUCGCAACUCAUUUUCACAAAAUAACCAAAUUGGCUGACACAUGUUCUACGGCGGGGAAUUUGCACGUAUCUGCAGUUACUUCAAAUGAUGCUAUUACUCCUUUGUAUCAAGUUAAGGAGGGUCAAUGCGAUGCUAGUUAUGGAAUUCAUUGCGCGAAAAUUGCCGAGUUUCCUUCAGACGUUUUAGAAUGGGCAUCUGAGAAUUUGCGCCAACUUGAACACCAGGAAGGAAUGAAGUUUAUUAGAGACCUUGAUAUUCCCAUUAAAAAGAAGAUAAUAGAGGAUGGCGACAAUAUUGUCAAAAACACACUGCAAAAGCUGAAAACAGCAGUCGAGGAUGGA